UAUUACAAUUUACAGUAUUAUAGAAACUGGGAUUGAAUACGGUAGUCAUGGAAUCUUCUCUUUCGGAAGAUGAAUUUCAUCGAAUGCAAUUGCAAAUAUUGGAUUUACGAACUGAGAAUUAUCAACUCAGAGAUGAAAAUAAGAAACUCGUUGCAAAUUUUACCAAAUCAUCAGAAAAUGAAAAACGUCUUGAAAGAGAGGUCUCCAAGCAGACCAAACUUCGGAAAGCUUUCACCACAUUGAAUAAGUCAAAACAAGCAUUAGAAUUUGAAGAAUUGAUGCAACAAAAUGAACAAGCUUUCAUUUUACAAAAUCAAACUCUUGCGGAAGAAUUAAGUACUUUACAAACUACAAUCAAAACACUUGAAAAUGAAAAUCGGCAAUUUAAACGACAAAUAAGUCUCGCUCCUCAGGACAAAGCUCGUGAUGCAGAGUUACGGAAAUUACAGGCUGCAAAUGCAGCAUUGAAACAGUCGCUGGCGUCAAUGCGAGAAGGUCAGUGCACUGAUUCUGGGGAUGCAACUCAACCACAAGACUCAACAGAAAAGGUUUUCAAAACUGUGGAUGGGAAACAAAAAAAUGACAACGAAGUUAAUGGAACUGGAGUUAGUGAUGAAAAAAUUGACAAAGUUGGUGAAGACAUAAGUGUGAGUGCAGGAAAUAUUGCAGCAAAGAUCUCAAAUAAAGAUUUAAUUCGCCCAGGACGAAGUGACAGUGACACCGACUUGCAAGUUCAAGUGCUGACAUUGCAAGAAGAAAAAAGACUUCUCGAAUUUGAGCUUGAUAAUGCGGUGAAAAAACAUGACGCGAAAAUCAACGAAAUGUCAGGCGCGAUGAAAGAGCUCCAAGAAAAACUUGACCAAAAACAAAAAACGUGCAAUAGUUUACAAAAAGAACUUGGCCAGUUGCAAAUAUUUAAAAAAGAAGCUAGUGAAACUGUCACAAAAUUAACUCUGGAGAAUGAAAAGUUAAAAACCGAUUUAGAACAGUCAACAUCUGACACUUCCUCAUUGCAUAAAGCAUUGCAGGAGUCUCACACUAUUCUUGAACAACAACAAAGUUCUCUCUUACACUGGCAAAAGCAAGUCGAUAUAAAAGAUGACGAAUACAAAGCUGUGAAAUCUGAACAUACAGAAAAUUCUGACAAAUUGUCAUCAAUUUCAAAGGAACUUGAAUCCACUUUGUCAAGUUUGGAACUUUUGCAAAAAGAAAAGGACGAACUGCAAUCUAGAUAUGAAAAAAGUGCCAACAUCGGUGAAGCACUUUUAAAUAAACAUACUGAAUUAGAAAAAAAGUUAGAACAAGUGCAGCAUGAGCAUCAACAAGCCUUAAACCUUGCAGAAAAGCAUAAAUCAGAACUAGCUGGUACAAAACAGUUAGAAAAACAGAUUGAAGAGUUGAAAGAAGAACUUCGUCAAGCUCUUGAUCUCGCUGAGAAGCGGAAACUCACUGCAAAUAAUCAAUCCAUGGAAGCCCAAGAUAUGGUGACUAAAUUGAAUGAGCGAGCUUCCUCUCUGCAAACUACCUAUGAAGAUAAAAUCAAAUCAUUAACUGAUACUUACGAUACUAAAAUUAGAACUCUAGAAGGAACAAACAAAUCCCAAGAGGAAGAAUUAAUUAGAGUACAUCAUCAGGAACGAUUGAAAACAAGGGAAAUAGACGGUCUUCAACAGAAAUUAAAUGAUCUAAAUGCUGCAACUGCGUCACUCGAAAAUUCUAAAGGGUGGUUCGAACGGGCACUACAAGAUGCUGAAAAGUUAGCUGAAGAAACUAAGGCUUCACAUACAGAGGUUAUUGAAAAGUUAAAGGAAGAACAUUCAGCAGAAUUAGAAAAAGCACUUCUCGCUGUUCAAGCGAAAGACGAUGAUGUUGCAGCUAUCGAAAAAAAGAUGCAAGAAAUAGAAGAAGAAUCUGAGAAAAAGGAUGAAUUAAUUGAGAGGUUGAAACGCGACGUGAAAGAUGAAAUGCAAAAACAAAAAUUAGUUGAAAAGAAGGUUCACUCAACUCUCAAAGAUUUGAAGAAGCAGCUUGUUGCUGAGCGUAAAAAGAAGGAACAUCUACAGGAGAAAUUGACGCAACAAUCAGAUGGUGAAAGCAACAUAGAUGAGUUAUUAACAGUUGUUGAUACUUCUAAUAAAUCGAAACCUUCUUCAGGUGGGGCUGAUGGUGCAAGUUCUGUAAGUUCUUUCAGUUUCAGGGAUUUUAUUAACCCUACUAGGACAUCUGGUCCUGGAUCUACAAGUCCAGUAAUGAAAAGGACGGUAACGAGUUCGCCGUCUUCAAAUUCAACACAGUUGAGUCACAACGAAGCUGCAGAUUUAUUGUCACGCAUCACUGACCUCCAGAAUGACAAAUGGGCACUUGAGGAAAAAGUUCGACACUUGGAAGAAAGCGGUGGAGCUAUGGCGAAUGAAUUAGUGGAAAAGACAGAAUUGGUACAACGAUAUGUACAACAUACACGGACAGACAGUGUGAAAAGAACAUACAAUGAAGAGCAUUCUUCACCAAAGACAUUGAAAGAUAAAGUACGGUCAUUUGUGACAGGACAAGAAGAACAAUCGUCGCCUUCUGGUAUUGGUAACAUCUAUGAACUUAAUAAAAAGCUAACUAGAAUGUUAGAAGAAGAGAUGACUAAAAAUAUGGCUCUCAAAAAGGAUAUGGAAUUAAUGGCCCAACAAAUGGUGCCAAGGUAGUUAAGGUAUUAGGGUAUGUAGAAUUAUAUCACUUAAUUUGUUUGUGACGCAAUUUACAAACACAUCGUCAAUUAUAAACUUGAAUAAUAAUUUCCAUUGCCAAUUUAAACUUUUUUUGUUGCACGAUAGAACUUUGGAUUCUGAAUAGGGUUCGUAAUUGGAUGAAAAAUUAUAAAAGCUGUUAAGUAUAUAUGUAACUUCGCAGAUUCAUUGGGUCAGGGUAAAUGUUUGAAUUAGUAUCAGAGUAGAAAAUUACUGAAUUCUGUUCACUGCAUUCAUAUUUCACCAUAAUUUUUAUAACUUCCUAAAAGUUUCUGAUACUUUCCAAAAUUGAAUUGAAUUUGCAAUUGCUUUGUUGCAAAUGCCUACUUCUUAACUUGCUUUUAUAAAGUACAUACAAUACGGUAUUUUGAAUAAUGAUUACAAUCAAAAUAAUUGUUUUCAUAAAGGUGAAAUGAUGCUUUGUCAUAUUUUUGAUAUCUUUUCAUAGCAGUCAUGAAUUUUCCUUCUGCACACCAAAUAUACAUGGGCAAUAUGUAUGUUAAAUUGCAUGGGCUAUAAUUAGCUUUCUUACUAUGAUGCUCAUUUUACAAUAUGUCUCGCUUAUUUUUACAUAGGUAGGGGGGUCUAUAUUAAAAUAGUUUAGAUUCUGAAAUUUUGCAAGAGUAGGGGGCCGCACAAAACGUAUUGGCAGGUCACAGUUUGCCUAUCCCUGCACUAGGAUGUCGCCAUAAAAAGGGACUAAUGAAAACUGCGAUUCGAAAUCUGAUCCAAACAGUUAUAGUUUUACGUGUUUUAAAUUAAAUUUUAUGGACAUCCCUAUAAGUAUAUAUAGCUAAUUCUGACUGUUAAGAGGUAUGAUUUUCACCUAUGAUGCUUAGUUUACUUUCUUUUUCUAUCUGUAUAUUAUACAAUUUGAUCAGAUUAUUGAUUUAUUUUAAAUGUGUCAAUAUUAUUGACUCAAGUUCCUUUAUCCAUGAUCAAUUUGUUCUAAACCGUACAAGUGGGCAAUCAAGUGGGUGACUUCAAUAUAUGAUUUCAUAUUUGAACACAGAAAUCUUGUCCUCUGCACAAUCAUACCCAGGACAAUCUAAAAUAAAUGCCUUGUGUAGUUACAUCUUCUGAAAUUUCUUAGUUGCAAAGCCCAGUGAAUACAAAUCGUUUGUGCAUCUGAUCAAAUCAAAUAUGAAUUCUCUUUUAUAUAGGCAGAGGAAAAAACUGAACUGACUGGAAAAACAAAAUUUUUUUUUGACUUACUAAAAUAUUUUUUUAUAUGAAAGCUUGAUGAUUUCCAAAUUCUUCUGUCUGUAAAAUGUUCUGAAUAUACUAAAAUCAAAAAGGCUGUUUCUGUGUUUUGGCCAGGUUUGACUAAAGCCAAAUACUUUGUUAUUUUGAAUACCUACAUUUUUAAAAUUAGUUUAGAUAUCAUGUAUGUUUAGUGCGCAGCGCAAGCGCACAUAUAUAAGAAAUAUUUUUGAUUUGGAAAACAUCAUACCGGUAAAUUAUUUCUAAAAUCAACUUGGGAUCACAUCUUUGUAUUUGUUCCAUAUUUUUCAUGGUGUAAUGGUGAAAUCACACAUGUCACUGUGAUGCAAUAAUCUAUGACUAAGAAGAAGUUAAUCUCCUUUGUAAUUGGCAAUUUCCCUUUGUUAUGACUUCCCUACAUGACUUAAACUUCUAUUUCCUCUCUUACAAAUCUGAUCAAUGAGACUUAAGAAGUUCAUGAUUUGCAAAACUUUCAGCUUGUUGAAGUCCCGUAACAAUAAUACAUUAUAGAUAUGUAGUUCAAUGAAACUUGUCAAGCCAUGUGCAAAAACUGGUGUCCUGAAUUAUGAAGUUAUAAAAUACUAUAUUGUCAGUCUUUCCAUGAUUUGUUACUUUAUUGUAUCUUACUUCUAUACAUCUGGGUAUGUAUUUCAGAGAUGAUCAUUCAUUUUGCGCUUAUUAUUAAUGGUACGGAUUACCUUAUGAUUUCAACACGACUAUAAUAACAUUGAUUUAUUUGUAAUUUUUUGAGCAUUACGUAGCUUGGUGCUUGAUUUUUUUAUUGUUUCUAUAUUCUGAUGCUCUGAUGUUGUAUUAUGCUUGAUUUCAUUUUAUAGAAAGGUUACAUCUUCACCCUUGUAUAUGCGGUUGAAAUUUAAUUUGUGGUUAUUAAGGUUGAAAAUGUUAUUUACCGCAACAUUUUCAAGAUGAUUUUUAUUGAAUUCAGUUCGAAAUUUGUGUUUUCCAAAAACGUUCCUUAUUGAAAAUUCAGGUAAUUGAAAUUAAUAUAUUUUUUGUAGGGAGUGCCAUUUCCGCUUGCGAUAUCUGGAUAUUUGCAAAAUUCUUUGGAAGUUUUGCGGCAUACUAUGGUAUAUUGAUUCCUAAUAAAGUAGGUCACUCUUGAAAUAGUGUUUUCUGUAUCCAACAAUGCACUUUUGAAUUUUAGUUUGAUAUUGAAUUUUGUCAUGAAUGAUCAAAUAAACAAAACUGAUGAUAAAAACAAGUUGAAUACCACAGAUUCAUCAGAAAAACAGUAUUUGUACAACAGAGCAUUAUACAAUUAAUUAAUAAAAAAAUUGUAAUUAAUUGUGGAGUGUUCUAUGGUUGAUACUGACUGAUUUCUCAAUUUUCUUAUUGCGUGAGUGCUUUUAACCUUGCCUGCAGUAAUGAAAUGAGAGUGGAAUUUUAUUAUACUGCGAAUGGUAUUAUUGUAUGCUGCAUACCUAAUUCUUUUUUCAUGAUUUAAUUGUUUUGCUGAUUUAUGGCUUCUUCAAAUCCUCAAAUAUAUGUAUUAGCAAGGACGUGGGUUUCAAAAUUCUUCAGCUUAACUGAAACUAUUGUUUUCUAUUUUGGAUGAAUUGCUAAAAAUGAUGUAUUUGAGAAAUGUGCCCAAGGAUAUUGUGUUUUUAUGAAUAUGUUGUUCCAAUUAAAGUUGGUAUAUUCCCUAUAAAACAGUGGUUUUCAAACUUUUUAAGCCGCUCCCCUUUUAGAAUUUGUCUCAUGUCCCACCUCAAAAAUAAAUAGCUAACAUCCUAACAAUAAGCAACAAAUAACAGUAAGACGCAAGUAUGUUUUAUUUAAAAAACAUGUUGAAAACACAUGGCUGGAAUCGCAAUCUCUAAACAAUAAAGAAAUGUAAAUAUCCAAAAUGAAGCGGGAAGAUCAAAUCUAACAAAUCUUUUUAUUUUUAAUUUGCUUCAUGCCCCCUCAACAAAUUGUCUACGGCCCUCUUGUGGGGCGCUCCCUACCGUUUGACAACCACUGCUAUGAAAUGUGAGUAGUAAUUUUAUAAAAAAAAAAAAAUUUUCACAGCAAAUGCACCCUUUCACAUUUACUCCCUUGGUUCGAAUUUUUGAAAUUCACAUUCCCCACUUUUACUACGACUAUCAGAUAUUUUAUAAUUUCUCUUCUAUUCCAUAUAUUGUUAUUAAUAUUAUGUUUGCUGAUGCUCCAAAUCUAACAUUCGUAUAUAUAUUAUAUUUAUGUCAAUUAAGAAAA